AUUGUUAUUAUUAUUUAUAAUAUUUAAUGUUUAUGAGAUAUUGAUAUAUAAAUAUAGUAACAUAAUAUAAAAAAAAUUUUCAUUCAUAAAAUCUUUACGUUUUAAUGUUUUUUACAAUUCUAUGCGCUACGCACUAUCGUGCUCCGCGUUCGUGCCGACGAUGGUCUAUGAAUUCUAAGUCACGCGUCGUCUAUUGACAAUAAUUCUGGACGAAACGUAAUUUAAUAACGACUGUUAGCAGUAGGUUGUGAUUAUCGCAAGUAUUAUUUGUGCAUUUUGUUGUUACACUAUGUUGGGUUCGCUAUCGCCCAUUCUGGUCAAGCCAGACGUGCCAUAAGGGUUAUAAAUAUUCUUGAUAAGAGACAUGAAGAACGGUGACGACGACGACGAACUGCACCGACCUGGCUGUAGCCGUGAAGGGUUAUCUGAUCAGAAAGAAUCAUCUAGGUUGAAUAACAACGUAGCGCAUAGCCAUGAUGGUUCUAAUACUGAAAGUUGUCUUGAUUGUGAUACCCCUGAACAACAUGACCACAUGAUCGCUGCUAGUUUGGUACGUUGUGACCAGGAAGAUAGUGAUUCGGAUAAUGAUUCUUGUAUUUACACUUAUCGUGGUGAUCGGCAAGAACCAGCAGUUGAAAAUUUACCUAUAGACAAUAGAAGUACGUCACCUUUAAUGGAUUACUUGGAAAUGGACUUUGAACCUGAACCAACUGUUAACAAUGUAUCUGAAGACGAAGAGAUUACUGAACCAAUAGCUAAUAACUCAAAUGGUACAGUGCAGUUAUUAAAAGACCUAUUGACUUCUUGUUCCGAUGUAGAUCCUAAUCUUGAAGAAAACCAUCUUGAUGUUACAAAUAGUGUGACUCAUGAGCCAACCAAUCCAAACCUAAUCCCUCGAUUGCCAAUAUCGAGUUCAAUUAUACCUACUCAAUAUUUUAGGAGUCUUAAUACCAAUCUUCCUGUUUGUAAAGAAGAACGUAAUGGAUGUAUGAGACGUAAUUCUGAUACCACGGAAGUAUGUCAAAAAAUGAAAAGAAUGCGGGUUGAUGAUUUAACUUGGAUUAAAGAAAUGGUAUGGUCAGAAAAAGAGGCCGCUCAAUUUCAAGUAAAUCAAAUUGGUGUAUCAGCAUGCGGGGCAACUGCAGUUAUAAAUACUCUGUUGGCUCUUAGGACACAAUUCAAUUUAGACCGUAUAGUUCAGAUUAUUGGUACCCGCUUGCGUGAUGAGACUGCUCCACUUGUUCCGUAUUUGGAAUCUCGAGCUGUAGCUGGUUGCAUGGCCCAAGAUUUGGUUAGAACUUUAGAAACCGCAACAGAUUCACAAGUCAGUGCUAGGUUUUUUGCUACUAAUCAAUAUUUGGAUUUACCUCUAGCUCCAUGGCUUGCAACUUGGAUAAAAAAAGGUGCUGUUCCCAUAUUGACUUUAAACCUCCAACGUGCAGACGUGGCACCUUCUCUUGUGCAUGAUAGUUGGCACCAUCAAAUGGUCUAUGGGGUAUCAUAUAAUCCCCUACGUCCUGAAUUUGCUCAAAUUUACUUAACAAACCCACUGAGCAUAUCGUGCAUGGAUUCAUUAAUUCCACAGUUAUUUUCUCCAUCUUCAUUGAUGAUUAAAAGAGCUGAUAUAUUGUCUAGGUGGACCCCUCAAACAGAUCUCAUGUCCUUGGCCACACAUCCUAGCCGACAUUGGCAUAGAUUUAAUGUGUUAGGACAAGUGGUAAAUCUUUUACGUGAAGAAAAAGAAAAUGUCAAAUUUACUAAUCAUAUUGUCAUACCAGCUAAUUAUAAAAGUGGUAUAACUUUAGCAAUGAAAACAUCAUCAAAUUAUAGCCAUGAAUUAAAAUCAGUGCCAGAACUAAUAGAUACCAAGAAAUAAAGGUAUUUAUUUAUUAUGUUUAAACAAUAAGUUAUAACUGUCAAGAUAUUUUUCAUAAUACUUGAAUGAAUGUUAAAUUGUUUUAUUUGUUUUAUGUAUUUUAUUGUGUAACCUAUAUUUGAAUAUAACAUUUCAUAAAAAAUGUGAAAUAAAAUAAUAAUUAAGCCAA